AUGUUUUAUGAAGACGGAAAUGAGGAUAUGCCCAGCACUGAGAGAAUACCAGCUGCACUUAUGGAACCUUUUUUAGAUAAAGGACAUAUACUGUUUACAGAUAACUACUACACAAGCCCUUCAUUAGCAAUUUUUCUUUUAGGAAGAAACACACACCUUUGUGGGACAGUUAAAUCAAAUAGAAAAAAGUACUGUAAAGAAAUUGCGGAGUUUGCGUUAGAAAAAGGAGAGGCUGUGUUCUAUCGAUACACAAUUGAUUCACGUGUUAUUGCAUGUAAAUAUCGAGCUGUCAAAAAUAAAUCAGGAAAUAAACAGAAGGUUGUAUAUAUGUUGUCAACUUGCCAUUUAGCAAAAAUGAUUGAAACUGGUAAAACCUAUGCAAAUGACUCUGCAAUAUACAAACCAUCAAUAGUGCGAUCAUAUAACAGUCACAUGGGAGAGGUUGACAGAGUGGAUCAACAGUUACAUAGUUUACGAACAUUACGUAAAAGUUAUAAGUGGUACAAAAAAUUAGCAUUUAGAAUGAUUUCACAGCAUGAAACUAUUUCAUCUUUAGCACUAAUCAAUCCAGCUAUACCAAACAACCAAAUACUAGAUGAUACAUUAUCUCGUCUUACUGGCAGACAUUUUCCUUCGCUCAAAGUAGCUUCACCAGAUGCAAAAGAAAAAAGACCAACCAAAAGAUGUAGAGUGUGCUAUGCAAAAGGAAAACUAUCAGCUAAAUGUCAACCACUAAAAACUACAUAUGUUUGUCGAUUUCGCCCAUCUGAACCAGGGCUUCACCCAGACACUUGUUUUGAAGCUUACCACACUCAAGUUAAUUAUUUAUUAUAG